AUGGCCAGCCAGGUCGCGCUCCUCGCUCUCGUCGGUCUCGCUCAAGCAGCACCUCUUCUUUGCUACCGGCAGGCGCAGGGAGAUUGCGGCGGCGGCGGCGGCGGCGGCGGAGGAGGCGUCGUGGUCACGGUGCCAAGUACCACUCGCAUCGUCACCGAGACCGUUGAGGUCGACAUCGACCUCGGGCCCGACUACUUCACGCAGUACUUCGAAGUCGACGGCGGCACGACGACUCCCGUCGCCGUGACCGUUCCACCGAUGAGUACCGUCUACAGGACGCCCGCAACCUCGACGAUCCACGUCCAGGCGACGCAGACGAUCACGCCUGACACUUCAACGCUCUACACGCCUGAGGAUGUCACGACGACGCCUCCCACCCAGACGGCCACCAUUACACAAACACCGGACCUUUCCACGGUCUUCGAGACGUCGGUCGUCAAUGACGAGCCGCCGACAAGCACCUUGACGGCGGUGCAGACCGUUUCGACCGGUUACGCCGCAUGCACGACGUUCCGCCUUGUUUUCCCCGCCAGCUGCUGCCCCAACACCUACACCUCCAUGACUCGCCUGACCCCUGGCCGUCACCGCAUGAAGCGGGACUACACCCUCUUCUAUGGCGAAGCGACGUCCACGGUGACCCAGUUCGAGACCGUGACGUUGGCGCAGCCCGAGGUUGAGGUGGACGUUACGGACACCUACUACGACGAAGCGCCUACACCCACCGUAACGGCUGGAGACACUGUAACCGUCACCAACGAUGCGCCAACUCCUCUCGCGACGGUGACGGACACCCAAACGGAGUACGCGCCUACGCCGCUCGUCACCCUCGCUUCCACCGUCUACCACGCCGCGGCCGCUCCGCUUGCGACGGUGUAUGAGAACGCGCCGACGCCUCUCACGACGUCUACCGUGCUCUCUACGAACACUCUCGCCACCCCGACAACGACGAUUACCAGCACGGCUUUCGCUCAGUCGACCGCGUGUGCUCAAAAGACCGUCUACACCCAAGCUCAGUGCCCCGCCAACCCCGCCGUGCGCGCCGUCGUGCAGAACGCCCAGGUGGCCGCUCUCAACCUGUACAAGCGCAUGGGCGGCAAGUCAAUCCUCGUGGACUGCGGAGACGCCGGUACCUUCGCGUACUGA